AAGGGUUUUGCAAUUUGUAGAGUUGUGCAAACGUUGUUGAUGUGGUGGCGGCAGCAGCAACCGGAAUUGGUAGCGGUUGAUGGUAGUGCCGAUAUACGUGGGUCAUGCUAGGUGGUGGAAAAAGUGCACCGCCAGGACGGAAAAUAAUGGUGGUGGCAGAUCCAACCCAAGAGUCAGCAGGUGCACUCCAAUAUGCUCUUUCUAAAGCAGUUUUUGACAAUGACGAAUUGAUCCUUUUCCAUGUCGAAAACCCUAAUUGGUGGCGAAACACGCUCACCAUGUUCCUUAAGAAACCUGGCCUCAUGAAUUCAGGCCCUGCCAGCACCAGUGCCGGUGCCAGUGCCACCACAUCCGUAGAAGAAAGCUUUAGAAGAGGGGACAUGGAAUUUCUUGAAGAAAUGAAAAAUGCAUGCAAGAUUUGCAAGCCAAAAAUCCACGUUCGGAUUGAGAAGAAGGCGGUGGUGGAAGGCAAAGACAAAGCAACCAUUAUUCUAGAUCAAAGCAAGGUUCUUGGGAUCGAUAUUCUGAUUAUAGGACAACGAAAGAGCCUUUCUACAGUACUUUUAGGAUAUAGGCUGCAUGGAGCAUCGUCACGAGGGAUAAAGCCAAUAGACACAGCAGAGUAUUUGAUUGAUAACAGCAACUGCACUUGUGUUGGAGUACAGAAGAAGGGACAAAAUGGAGGUUACCUUCUCAACACAAAAACCCACAAAAACUUCUGGCUUCUGGCAUAGCUCUCAAUUUGCCUGAGAACCACGCGUUCUUCAUCUCAAGUUAGCUUCUUUCGCCGUCGGUCUGCUGCUUUACAAUGUGAUUUAUCAUUUUUUGUUGGCAAAGCAGAAACAGAUCAUUAACAACUUCCGUUCACUAAAUCGGUUGACUGCAAGAUUUAGUGAGCGUGACGAGCCUUCUCUUGUUCUCUCUUGGUUAAGUGAGCUAUAUGCAUGGUAUUCUUCAAUUCAUGUGCCCAAAAGAUAGGCUGUACAUACUUAACAGUGAUGUCUUUAUAAACCAACAUGAAAUAUGUGGGGGCAGAACCAAAAGAAUGAAACACUAGAAAUCGCUUUCUUUCUUUUUUUUUUUCCUUUCUUUUUUUGGUUGAGAAACCAUAUUCAAAAAAUGAAUCAUUUAUACUUGCAA